AUGGUUAACGUUAAGUUAUAUUUUCCCAUAGGUCAGAAGAAGUUGGGUAAGGUCAUCACUCCAGAUCCAUGGAAAGAUGGAGCAAGAAACACAACUGAGGGAGGUGGUAGGAGAGUCAAUGAGAACAAGUUGCUAACCCAGAAGAAAAACAGGUUCUCCCCCUAUCAGGAGUUCCGUAAGUGCAGGAUCUGCAAGUCUACUGUUCACCAGAAGGGUUCACAUUAUUGCCAAGGGUGUGCUUACAAGAAAGGAAUCUGUGCCAUGUGUGGAAAGAAGGUGCUGGACACUGCGAGUUAUCGGCAGUCAACAACUUAAAGAGUCAUCAGACACUGAUGCAGAGAGUGGUGUGGAGCUGUAACAUAGUUGACAGGCACAAACAUCUUGAUGUUUUCACAGCUUCAGACCUGUCAGGCAAACGAAGUUGUGUAUACACCGGCAGUAUAAAGACUUGAGUGAUGCUUGAGUACAGUACUCGUUAUCAUAAAUUUCCUUGCAUUUCAAUUGUGACAAGGUUCCUGGAAUUAGAAUAUUAACCAUAUAGUACAGAGGUGUUGUCCAACCUUCAUUACUGUAAAUUAUCUCAGAUUGCAUAUAGAAAAGAACUGUCAUUUUGUUCACACAGACAAUUGAAGCAUGUACAGGGUAUUUUUCAAAAUGUUUCAAAAUGUGUCAAAGUGUUUGCCAUAUGUAUUUUGCAUUGCCCAUAUGAUUUAAGUAUAGUUCGAUUGUUUGGAGAAUCUAAGAUAGGGUUAUUUUUGGGAGGGGGUUUAUUUGUUAAUAUUGUAGUUUCAAUGCUAUCCUUAAACAGUAUGGUUUUAAAUAAGGAAGUUAACUUAACUUUCAGGACACUGAUUUGUCAAUAUAUACUGGAACACACUGAAUGUGUGUUUCACAGCAACAAAUACUGAUAUUAGAUCUCUGUUAAAGUGAUGUGGACAGCAGAACUACAACACACUAAAAAAAGAAUAGCUUCAUGUAACGUUAUCUGUAUCAUUACAUAUUUGGAAAUCUGGUAAUGGUGUGUGUUGUUAGAGUGUUAACAUUAAAAUCUUCCUUUCCAUGUCA